CCCCUCCUCCCGGGUGCGCGCGGCGCCGCUCGUCGUCGGGGCUGGUCUCCGCGACAACAGCGCGGCCUACUCGGGCGGGCCGCCGCCGCCGCCGCCGCCAUGGGGAAGAAGCACAAGAAGCACAAGUCGGACAAGCACCCCUACGAGGAGUACGUAGAAAAGCCGCUGAAGCUGGUGCUGAAAGUUGGAGGAAGUGAAGUUGCUGAACUCUCCACGGGAAAUGCAGGGCUCGAUUCCAGCCUAUACGAAGACAAAUCUGAGCAUGAAAAACACAAGGAUAGGAAGAGGAAAAAGAGAAAGAAAGGGGAAAAACAAGUUCCUGGAGAAGAAAAGGAGAAAAGAAAGAGAAAAGUUAAGGAGGAUAAAAAGAAACGAGAUCGAGACCAUGCAGAUAGUGACGGAGAACAGGAAAUGAAAUGUCAGACCCCCGUCAGAUUGGAAUUGCCACCAGAGAAACCAUUGACAAGUACUUUAUCAAAACAGGAAGAGGUGGAGCAGACACCACUUCAGGAAGCUCUGAAUCAACUCAUGAGACAGCUGCAGAGAAAGGAUCCAAGUUCUUUCUUUUCAUUUCCUGUGACUGACUUUAUUGCCCCUGGCUAUUCCAUGAUCAUUAAAAACCCAAUGGAUUUUAGUACCAUGAAAGAGAAGAUCAAGAACAAUGGGUACCAGUCCAUAGAAGAAUUAAAGGAUAACUUCAAACUGAUGUGUACUAACGCAAUGAUUUACAACAAACCAGACACCAUUUACUACAAAGCUGCGAAAAAACUGCUGCACUCAGGGAUGAAGAUACUUAGCCAGGAGAGAAUUCAGAGCCUGAAACAAAGUAUAGAAUUCAUGGCUGACCUGCAGAAGACAAGGAAGCAGAAGGACAAGAUGGAACUGCAGCAAACUGUGGAAGAUGAAAAUGGUCCUGGCAAAGACAAAGGAGAACCUGCGGAUGGUGACACCAAAGCGUUCAAAACACCUAGCAAAGAACACAAAAAGAAGGACAAAGAUCUACUUGAAGACAAAUUACGAAACAAUAGCUUGGAAAGGGAACAAGAGCAGAUUGAUCGUAUUGUUAGAGAGUCUGGUGGAAAGUUAACAAGACGACUUGCAAACAGCCAGUGUGAAUUUGAAAGAAGAAAACCAGAUGGUACAACGACUCUGGGCCUUCUUAAUCCGGUUGACCUUACUGCGGGAGAACCAGGUUACUGCCCUGUAAAGCUGGGUAUGACAGCAGGAAGACUUCAGUCGGGAGUUAAUACGUUACAAGGGUUCAAAGAAGAUAAAAGAAACAAGGUUACUCCAGUGACAUACUUGAAUUACGGACCCUAUAGUUCCUAUGCUCCAACAUAUGAUUCUACAUUUGCCAACAUAAGCAAAGAAGAUUCUGACUUAAUCUAUUCAACGUAUGGGGAAGACUCUAAUCAAGGAUCUUUCAGUAUUCAUGACUUUUUGAUGAAAUCGCAAGAUUAUCCUUUCUUAAUGGCUGAUAGUUUGCUUGAUGUUCUAACUAAAGGAGGACAUUCUAGAGCUCUCAGAGAACUAGAAAUGCCAUUGGAGGAAGCUGAAGGCCCAUAUGAAAGAAGCAAUGCAAUAAAAGACGUAAAGAUUAUGGAAAUUGAUAUUGGUGCUAGGCUGGACUCUACUAGUAAUGACAGACUUACAGCACUAAAAGCAGUUACGAACUUUGGCAUGCCUAUAGAAGAGUUUGAGUCUGAGGAGGCUGAAAUCUUCCAGAGGAAACUUGAUGAAACAACAAAGCUUCUGAGAGAGCUCCAGGAUGCUCAGAAUGAACGACUAAGUACAAAACCACCCCCUAAUAUGAUUUGUCUUCUGGGUCCAUCUUACAGAGAGAUGCACUUGGCUGAGAGAGUAACCAAUAACCUGAAAGAACUUGCACAACAAGUGACUCCAGGGGAUAUUGUUAGUACAUAUGGAAUCCGGAAAGCAAUGGGAAUUUCAGUUCCUUUACCUGAUACAGAAGACAGCUGGGUAGAUUUGACAGAGGACUUUCAAGAACCUAGAAAGACUGUCACCAUCCCUGAAAAUGACUGUGGUCCAGUUACAGUCUGAAGCUCCAGUUAAGUUUACAGCUGUUUGUUUGAUUCUAUUUAAGAACCAGAUAAACUUCCUUCAGGUGCAUUCACUGAGCACUUGUAUAUUGUGUGUUAAACUACUUUUGUUUAUUAAAUUUUGGAACUGAUGACAUUUGAAAUUGAAUCGUUUGUAUUGGAGUUACUUCUGCUAUAUAAAUGCACUAAACUAUUCUUUUUGCAUUCCUUAUUAUUUUAAAGCAACUCUGCGGCAUUUAAGUUUUCCUAGAUUAAAUGUCUGGAAAAGUCAAAGCGUAAGUGAAAAUGUGCCUAUAUAUGGUGCAGGGACUCAACCAAAAGUUUCUAAAAGCAAUGUAUGGACUCUGUAUCUGAAUCUGGUUGGGGCAAAAAUCAUUAGUGUCUGAACAUGUGAGUUUCCCUUUUUAAAACUACUGUGCAACUCUUAUGAUCAUGAGGAAGAGAAAUAAACUUUUUAAAUAAAA